GGUCAUCACCCGCUAACAUGAUGUUCCGAAGUGUCCUUUUAUGUCUACUAGUCGCAGUCGUUUGCUGUCAUGCCGAGGAGGGGAAGAGCAAGUCCAAGGUGUGUGCCAAUGUAUUCUGUGGGGCUGGCAGGGAGUGUGCUGUGACAGAGAAAGGGGAACCUUCCUGCCUGUGCAUCGAGCAAUGCAAACCUCACAAGCGCUCUGUGUGUGGCAGUAAUGGUAAGACGUACCGCAACCACUGUGAACUCCACCGCGACGCCUGCCUGACCGGCCUCAAGAUCCAGGUGUACCACGACGGACACUGUGAAGAGAAAAAGACAGACAAAGCUGUUGCUGCUAGCCCAAUCGUGUGCUACCUGGCCAACAGGAACGAGUUGCGCAGCCGGGUCAUCCAGUGGCUGCAGAAUGAGGUGGUCCCUGACGGCUGGUUCGCCAAGGGCUCCAACUUCUCCAACAUCCUGUUCAAGUACUUCAAGGACUAUGACAAUGGAGACUCCCAGCUGGAUUCCACUGAGUUCCUUAAGUUCCUCCAGCACAACGAAACAGCCAUCAACAUUACCUCAUAUGCCGACGAGGAGAACAACCGCCUGCUCAGGAGCCUGUGUGUGGAUGCCCUCAUCGAGCUCUCAGAUGAGAACACGGACUGGAAGUUGAGCUUCGAUGAGUUCCUAAACUGCUUCAAGCCUGGCUUCAACCCACCAGAGAGAAAGUGUGCCCUGGAGGAUGAGACCUAUGAGGACGGGGCAGAGACUCAGGUGGAGUGUAACCGCUGUGUCUGUGCCUGUGGGAACUGGGUCUGCACAGCUGUGACCUGCGAAGGCACAGAUAAGGUGCCUGCUGUGGAGAAGACUGAAGGUGCUGACCAGGAGAUGACAGAGGAGGAGUGGACACGGAGAGUGGCUGAGCUCAACAAACAUCAGGAAACUGUGGAGAAGAUGAAAGUGAGCACUAAGGACAUUUAAGAGAGAGAGAGAGAGAGAGCCCUCUUUCAGUCCCACCAUCAACAAUCACUAUCUGGCUGAAGCUUUGGAGCUUGUACUGUUACUAAAGAAAUGCAUCACUUGUUUUUAGUUUUUAUAUUUUACAAUGUGAAUUAUUAAGAUUUAAAAACUGUACCAAUGUCUAUUAUAAUAUUAUUGUGUAGAGGGGAGACUAGUUGACUUGUGUGUACCUACAAACACAGUACUGUUAUCCUAUUUGAGUAACACUCCCAAGCCUUGGUAAGAAUCCCCAUCACCUAGUGGUGGGUUAGUAUUUGUAUUCAUUUUAGUGAAUUUGUUGUUUUCGUUGUUGUUUCUGUCAGUCAAAUUAGCUCAUCUGUAGAAAAGAGAAGAGUGUGGGAAUUGGAGCUAUAAAGAAAGCACAAGUUGUAAAGAACUACUUUUCGCAGAAAAUGACUUCACAGUGGCCACGUCACAUACCCAACCACAUCACAGAGGAUUGAGAUAAGCAAUCCAGCGAGAAAGCAUAAUCAGAUGCUUUGACCUUACAGGGUGCUCUUCCAGACACCUGGGUAUUUUAUAGGGCCAGUAAAUCACAUGAAAGAUGAACACAUGGCUGAGUUGUAAAUGUACCUGAAUACCAUUGUAAAUCCAUCAACAGUGUGAUUACACUUUCCUGGCAGUAUAGCUACUCAUAUCAUAUCUGUAAUAUAUACAGUAAAACCGACUGACCCAUAACAUCUGAUGGUGCCAGGGUUCAAUCUGUUAGGAAAAUGAAGAGUGUCCGCACUCAGUCUUAGACAAGAACAUGUAUACCAUCUCUAUUUUCUUGUCUAUGCACCAACAAUAUGACAAGAAUCUAUGAUUAGAUGUGUGCAGGGUUUCCUGCUUUUUCAAGGUAAAGCGAUGAUGCUAGGGUUCAAUCUGUAGGCUUACGUGUCUACACUGAUGAGGUAAUGUUGUUCAUCUAUUUACAAAUGGCUUUUCUAUCAUGAGGUUGUAGAGUUAUUACGCCAUAAAAUGAAUCUAAUGCCAAAACACUAGCCUGGAUACUUUUUAGGAUUGUGAAGUGAAACUGAAGAAUUCAGUAUGGAUCCAGGCUACCAAACCACAUAGAUGGUGCUUGUUUUUGUUUGUGAUAACGCCUGUGUCUCCUCAAACCCAGCAAUAAAGUUGAUCAAUUGUAGAAUGUUCAGGGGGAAAUAUUUCGAGGAUGCUGCAGAUAUGGACUAACUAAUAGUACUUGAUAACACAAGUACUCCAGUGCUAUGGGUCCCUCCUACUAGUUUGAAAUACACAAUUGUCUGGUCCGUCUGAGACAUACAUCAUCUGUGCAUGCUUUGCCAACAGCACUGCAAUCCGUUUCUUUUGGAAGCUGACGCAUGUCGGUCUCUCRGGAUAUAGGUGCUUGGAKUGGAUGACUUUGUUAGGCACAAGGAUAGGGAAAACUGCCAAAACAACCUCUAAAAAAAAACACAUUUUAGAUGGCAUUACUUAAACCAAAGUUCAAAUGCAAGAUACYUGAAGUACAGUAUGUGUAGUAACUUUUAGAAAGUAGGUUCACAGCUUAGACUUGAGCUUUCCUUCCUUUGUUCAGAGCUGUAUGUCCUGCAUGUCGAUAUUUGAAUGUGGUGGAUCUCACUUCAAUGUCUUUAUAAUGUGUGGUAUUCAGUGCCUUAAAUUUUCCACUAAGACCUAUGGGACAUCCUGCUGUCGUUCUCUUAGAGCAAUGACUGACACUAUGAAACCAUGCCAAAUGGAUGGUCUAAUUGAAGUUAAAAGCCUGUGUUUCUUUUGUUUGUAAUGUUUUAUUGUCUCACUUUUAGAAUAAUACCAGCUCACGUUGUUCGCUGUUACAGUAGACUUUCAAUAAAACAUUUACUCCCUGUUGAUUAUUAACACUACUGUACUGUCAAAAAGGUAUGCAAGCUUUAUACAUGUCAAUAAAUACAUUUAAUAGACGUA